UGUGGGUGGUGCGGGCUGGUGCUGCGGGCUCGCGCGUCAUGGCUGCUCGCAGGGCUCUGCACUUCGUGUUCAAAGUGGGAAACCGCUUCCAGACGGCGCGCUUCUACCGUGAUGUGCUGGGCAUGAAGAUUCUGCGGCAUGAGGAGUUUGAAGAAGGCUGCAAAGCUGCCUGUAACGGACCUUAUGAUGGCAAGUGGAGUAAAACAAUGGUGGGGUUUGGACCUGAAGAUGACCAUUUCGUUGCAGAACUGACUUACAAUUAUGGCAUUGGCGACUACAAGCUGGGCAAUGACUUCCUGGGUAUGACACUCAUGUCUAGCCAAGCUGUCAGCAAUGCCAGAAAGCUGCAGUGGCCCCUCGUUGAAGUGACAGACGGCGUGUUUGAGACGGAGGCCCCCGGCGGAUAUAAGUUCUAUCUGCAGAACCAGAGUUCAGCACGGUCAGAUCCUGUAUUAAAAGUAACCUUAGCAGUUUCUGAUCUUCAGAGAUCCUUGAAUUACUGGUCUAAUCUCCUAGGAAUGAAAGUUUAUGAAAAAGAUGAAGAAAAGCAAAGGGCUUUACUGGGAUAUGCUGAUAAUCAGUGUAAGCUGGAGCUCCAGGGCAUCCAGGGUACCGUGGAUCAUGCAGCAGCUUUCGGGAGGAUCGCUUUUUCUUGCCCUCAGAAAGAGUUGCCAGACUUAGAAGCCUUGAUGAAAAGGGAGAACCAGAAGAUCCUGACUCCCCUGGUGAGUCUGGAUACCCCAGGGAAAGCAACAGUACAAGUGGUCAUCCUGGCCGACCCCGAUGGACAUGAAAUUUGCUUUGUGGGGGAUGAAGCCUUUCGAGAACUCUCUAAGAUGGAUCCAGAGGGAAGCAAAUUAUUGGAUGAGGCAAUGGCAGCAGAUAAAAGUGAUGAAUGGUUUGCUAAACAUAAUAAGCCAAAGGCUUCCGGUUAACAGAAGACCUCCGAAUGGGACGAGCGUUUGUGAUUCUUGUGUAAUGCUCACGUGGGCCUGUGGAACCCUACACUAUAAAUACCUCCACAUCAUAUAGGUUGUUCCCUAUAAAGGCAAUGAGGCAGGGGUGGCAAAGUAUCAUGUAGUUCAUCUCUGAAGACUAUGUUUAGAAGUAAAUCCUUCAGGGUGUUGGAACAUUGUAUGAUCAAAACUGAAUCAUGUACAACUUUGUAACUAUAUCUCGCAGUGUUUAAAUUAAAAUAUAUAUAUAUAUAAAUAGAAGUAAUUUCUUCAGAAGCAUUCCAAGGAGAAGGCUUACUCUAAUCUUCACUGUCAGUUGAAUCACACAUUGUAACUGUAUUAAAUUAUUGAUUUUCCAGUCUUCUAUAUGUUCCAUCUGGGAUAGCCAUGCAGUGCACUAUCUUUGAAUACUCAGGGGUUUUCCUAUGAUUAUGGAUUUUCUUAAAUAAAUGCAAAUUUCCUAAAACAUAUUUCUAGUACCUGAUAGUAAUAAUAUGCAGUUCUUAUAUCUUACUCCUAACUCUGAUAUGCCUUGGUAUUCUUAGUUUUUUGGAAGAAAUUUUGUUCCUUGAACCGAAAGAUUAGGUUACCACAUUUCAAACAUUACAGUUUUGAGUAGCCAAAAGAAAACAGAUGGAUCUGGGGCUGGAGCAAUAACACAGCGGGUAGAGCGUUUGCCUUGCACGUGGUCGACCCGGGUUCGAUUCCCAGCAUCCCAUAUGGUUCUCUGAGCACUGCCAGGGGUGAUUCUUGAGUGCAUGAGCCAGGAGUAACCCCUGUGCAUUGCCAGGUGUGACCCAAAAAGAAAAAAGAAAACAGAUGGAUCUAAUGGAUUAUGUUCCUGCCAACCUGACUCUGUGCUUACAUAUAUAAUUUUGUUUUAAUCCUCCAAAGAAUAUGCUGUAUAUAUUUUUAAAGAGACUAAAGGGCUAUAGAGUUAGUAUAAUGAGCAGAGCAUUUGUCUUUCAUAUGGCCCAGUACCACAUAUGGUCCCCUGAGCAUCAACAGGAGUGAUUCCUGAAUACAGAUCCUGGAAUAAGCCCUGUGCACCUCCAGGUAUGACCCUCAAGAAUCAGACAAAAAGAUGUUUUCUUCUGAAAAAAAAAAUUAGUUUGUUAUAGUUUUCUAUUUGGUUCUGUUAGUAAAUCGCUGGAAACAACUAUCUUGGGCAUAUUAUUAAAUAUUUUUCAAAAGUAUGCCUGUGAAAUAAAGCAUUAUACCAGUCUGUAAGAAAAAAUUCUCUAACUUGGAAAAGCAGUCACAAGUUUCAGAGCAAGUUACUUAUCGAGAAAUGUUCCUCUUCUAGGUAAUGGGUUCACCGUUUUUAUUGUGUAGGGAAAUUAAUCAGUUUGCUCGAGCGGGCACCGGUAACAUCUUCAUUGUGAGACUUGUUACUGUUUUUGGCAUAUCAAAUAUUCCUCGGUAGCUUGCCGGGCUUGGAUGAAUUUUGAAAAAUCAGACUUAUGUCUCAACUAUUGUUUUAUUAAUUCUUGAUGUUUCUAGUAAAACUGCUUUGAAAAGAUGGCUUUUGCUAGUGUAUAAGGCUGUUCUACUGUGUAGUUUUCUAAGCUUGAUGAUUUAUGUUGCUACUAAAUACAUUUCUCUUUAUCUGCUUAUCUAAUGUAUACAGCUCUGCUGAGUUCAAUUCCCAGCUCUGCAAAUAAUAUUAAAUAUAGCUGUGUAUGGUAGAAGUUAAUGCUGUUUAUCCACCUGGCACAUUUUGACUUUAUAAUGCCCAACCCUCUUGUUAUCUCAUUGCCUAUCAUUUUUCCUUUGUUGAAAUACUGAUUCACCCUUUAGACCCUUUUGUUUAUAAUUUUAACCUUGUACUUGUGAAAUGCCGUUUUGCCCAAGCUGAUGUUUGUAAAUGAAGUUGGGAAAGCUCUUUAGUUUCUCUAAAACUUUAUUUCCGGAGUAU